AUGAUGAUGAAAAAGGAAAAAGAUGAGUUAAAGAGUGGUGACUUUGGAACCUUGGAAUGGAAUGAUGAUAUUAUAGAGAUUGAUGAAGAAUACGAUAGUGAUGAAAAUGAAGAUAUGAAACUCGAUGAAUUGGUUUUUAAAGUGAAAAAGAUUUAUAAAAAACUAGUGAAUGAUAAAAUGAAGUUUGGAAAGUUAAUUGAGUUUUCAAAAACGAAGUUCAAAGAAAGUGAUGAGCUGAAAGAAAUGAAGGAAAUCUUUGAACAAGAAUUCAAUUAUAAAAGUCAAAAAGAAGUGGAUGGGAAUGAGGGUGAUAUACAUAAAGAUCCGAAUGGGCAAAAUACAACAGAAAACAAAAUAAAGAAUCAACCACUCAUAUUAAAGGAAAGAGAUGAACCAAGUUAUGAUUCAGAAGUAAUAGAAGAUAACAUUAAUAUCUUGGGAAUUGAAGAUGGUCAAGAGGUAAAUGGAGGAAAGCGCUUAAAAAACCAUCAAUGUAUGAUUGGUAAUAGUAGUGAGAAGGUAUUUCAAACUAAGAGAAGAUAUGUGCUUGGAAGAGGAAUGAUUGAAACAAUGAAAGCAUGA